AUGAUGAUGAUUCCUCCUUCUGGUGGUUUUCAGAUUCUACUUACUUUAACUGUGUUUUUCAGUUUGCAGAUGUUAACUCACAUCGAAGCUUCUUCUAGCUCAAAGGUUGAAUACCUUCCUGGCUUUCAAGGGCCACUUCCCUUUGAACUUGAAACAGGGUAUGUGGGAUUAGGAGAAACAGAUGAUGAUGAUGACAUGCAAGUGUUCUAUUAUUUCAUCAAAUCUGAAAAUAAUCCUAAAAAAGACCCUCUUAUGCUUUGGUUGAGUGGUGGUCCUGGUUGUUCUUCUAUUUCUGGCCUUGUCAUUGAAAUAGGUCCGAUUAAAUUUGAAAUUAAGGACUAUGGCGAAAGCUUGCCUAGUUUGAUCUUGAGGCCACAAUCAUGGACAAAGCUAUGCAAUAUUAUUUUUGUAGAUUUGCCAUUUGGAACUGGUUUCUCAUAUGCAAAAAAUAUGAGUGCUCUAAGAAGUGAUUGGAAAAUAGUUCACCAUGCUCAUCAAUUUCUUAGGAAGUGGUUGAUUGAUCAUCCUGAAUUUAUUUCAAAUGAAUUUUAUAUGGGAGGAGACUCAUAUUCUGGCAUUCCUGUCCCUGCCAUUGUUCAAGAAAUUAUAAAUGGAAAUGAAAAAGGUCUCCAACCCUUGAUAAAUAUUCAGAGAUAUAUUUUAGGAAAUCCAGUGACAACAGGCAAAGAAUUUAAUUAUCAAGUUCCAUAUGCUCAUGGAAUGGGACUUAUUUCGGAUGAACUUUUUGCGUCCCUUAAAAGAAAUUGCAAAGGAGAUUACGUAAAUGUAGAUUCGAGAAAUGUGUUGUGUUUAAGAGAUAUCCAAUCUUUUAAAAAGUCUAUUUCAGGAAUUAAUUAUUAUUAUAUUUUGGGUCCUUUUUGUCGAGAUGAUAACAAUAUAUGGAGGAGAUCUUUAACUUUGGACUUGAAGGAAUCUCUUAGUCCUCAAUCUCAUCAUCUCAGAAUUCCUGAACUAAAUUGCAAAGUUACUCAAACUCACCUUGUCACAAAAUGGGCUAAUGAUGAGCGUGUUCGAAAGGCUCUACAUAUCCGAGAGGAAACUAUAGGGAAAUGGAUACGUUGUUACUCGACUGAUUUUGAACAUGACAUCCAUGAUAGCUUUGAAUUUCAUGUAAAUUUAAGUAAAACAGGAAUUCCCUCUUUAAUAUACAGUGGGGAUCAUGAUUUAGUUGUUCCUUUUACAUCUACUCAAGCUUGGAUAAGGGAUCUAAACUAUUCCAUUGUGGAUGAUUGGAGGCCAUGGUUAGUAAAUGGCCAAGUUGGAGGGUACACGAGGAUUUAUUCGAAUAAAAUGACAUUUGCAACUGUAAAAGGUUCGGGACAUGAUGCUCCUCAGUACACUCCUGAGCAAUGUUUUGUCAUGUUCACUAGAUGGAUGUAUAAUUUGCCUUUGUAA